UGAGGAUGGCCAGGCCUCUGGAGCAGGCGGUGGCUGCCAUUGUGUGCACCUUCCAGGAAUAUUCAGGGCGCUGCGGGGACAAGCACAAGCUCUGUCAGGCAGAGCUCAAGGAGCUGCUGCAGAAGGAGCUGCCCACCUGGACCCCGACCGAGCUGCGAGAGUGUGACUACAAUAAGUUCAUGAGUGUUCUGGACACCAACAAGGACUGUGAGGUGGACUUCGUGGAGUAUGUGCGCUCCCUCGCCUGUCUCUGCACCUUCUGUCACGACUACUUCAAGGAUUGUCCCCCUGACCCCCCCUGCUCCCAGUAGGCUCUGCUCC